GCUCGGCGGUCACGAGGGCAAAGGAGAGGUGACGUCAGCCUUCCGACCCAGGGAACAAUCAGAGCGUUCUGGAGCCAAAUGGUCCUGGAGCUGUAAUACGUUCAGCAUAGCCAAGCCACCGCCGCGGCGCUGCCGACUUUCAAAUUCACCUAGCAAUCAUUUAUUUUCCUGUUGAUUUGUCCCUCCUACUUUGUUUUCCUCUGGUCACGUAGAGCGUAGAAUUUAUAAAUCAGGUUUAUCGACACCAGUCUUCGUUUCAUUCAACUUUUGUGAAGUGGGUUUUACCGGGACGUGUGGAAGCUGUAUGGGCUGCGAUGAAGAGUCUUAAAGCGAAGUUCCGGAAAAGCGAUGCUCACGAGUGGAGUAAGAACGACGAGCGGUUGCUGGCGGCAGUGGAGCAUGGAGAAGCAGACAAGGUCUCCGCCCUGCUGGCCAAGAAGGGCGCCAGCGCCACCAAGCUGGACGGGGACGGAAAAUCAGCUCUGCACGUGGCGGCCACGCGGGGACAGACGGAAUGCCUGGCGCUGAUUCUGGCGCACGGAGUCGACGCUUCGCUGACGGACGGUUCCGGUUUCAGUGCUUUACACCUUGCUGCCAAAAAUAACCACCAGGAGUGUGCCAAGAGGCUGAUCCAGGGUAAAUGUGUCAUUGACAUGCUGGACAGCUCAGGGAAGACCGCUCUUCAUCACGCGGCGGCCAGUGGGAGUGUCCUUAUUGCCCAGCUGCUCUGUGAGCACAAGAGUCCUGUGAACCUGAAGGAUGCGGAGGGCUGCACUCCGUUGCUGUUGUCUGCUCGCCAUGCCCAUGCGGACGUGUGCCGGACCCUGAUGGACUGGGGAGCCGAUGUGAACGCCUGUGACAAGAGUGGCAGGACUGCGGUGAUGUUGGCCAGUGAGAGCAGCAGUGUCGCUGCGGUGGAGAUGCUGGUGCAGAGGGGAGCAGGCCUGUUGAUGGUGGACUCUCUGGGCCACGAUGUCCUGCACUACGCUAAGCUCUCGGGCAGCUCCCAGAUCAAAGCUCUCCUCUCCAGUGCACUACAGCGCCUCAGAAAGGACUCCGAUACGAUGUCGCCAAAACCACUCCAGCAUGAUUCGCUGGCUCUGGGGGACGGAGACAGGAGCACCACUCCCAAAAAGCGGAAAGCCCCGCCCCCUCCUUUUAGCCCCAUUCAGAGUCCUCAGCUGUCUGAAAUGGCGUCUCCCCCUUACCUGACCCCGAGCCAAACCCCAACAUCGAGUACGAACGUCACGCCCAGGAAGUUUAAUUACCAGGAGGACGAGCUGAAGAGCGAGGUGCUGAAGAGCGAGGUGCUGAAGGAGGAGAUCGAGAAGUUGCAGGAGGAGAAGAGCAUGCUGCUGGAGACCAUCGAGGACCUGAAGCAGAUCGUAGAGCAAACGCAGCCCAAGGCAGGGAAUUGUGGGAGUGAUGAGCCGUCCUUGGUAGCGACGCUGCAGGCGAAGGUUGCUGCCCUCUCUCUGGAAAACCAGCAGCUUGCUCACAUCCUGAAGAAACGCCAGGGGGACGAGGUCCAGGACCACUCCCGACCCAACAGCAUCGACUCCAACGCCUCCUACCACUCCACCAACGCCGAAUUUGAGCCCCCCAGCCAGGACAAAGAGUUCUCCCCAAAAAAGGCUGAGGAGGAGGGGAAGGGAGGGAGCGAGGAGGAGAUCCGGCACCUGAGGGAGGCGCUGGGGAGCCUCCAGGCCAAGCUGCAGGAGUCCCAGCAGGAGAACCGCACCCUGCAGGAGGCGCAGGCCCUGCAGGAGGAGCUGAGGCUGAAGGAGGCGCUGGAGCAGGAGGUGCAGGAGCUGCGGGAGCAGCUGGAGCGGGCGCGGGAGGAGCAGGAGCGGGACGGCCAGCGAAUGGGAGCCCUGCAGGCUCAGCUGGAGGGCGGGGCCGACCGUGUGAGCUCUGAGGAGGUGGAGCAGUUAAAGACCUCCUACACCAUGCUGGUGGAGAGCCUGACGCUGGAGAAGGCCCAGCUGGCCAGCAGCUACAAGGAGGCGCAGGAGGAGGUGAAGAUGCUGCAGGAGGCGCUGCAGGGGGCCGUCCCCGUGGAGGCCGCCGCCCGGGACUUUGAGGAGAUGAAGGUGGAGCUUGGGCGGGUGAUUGACGGGCUGCAGAAGAGGCUGCUGGAGCUGUCGCAGUCGUACAGCGAGGCCCAGGGCGAGCUGAACUCCGCCCGCUCCCAGCUGGAGGCCCGCGCCACGCCCGACCCGGAGCUGCAGGCGCUGCGGCGCCAGGCCGAGGAGGCGCAGGAGGAGAUCGCCCUCCUCAGGCGGGAGGCGGAAGCGCAGGCCCAGGCCACCGUGGCGCUGGCUGACCACACCCAGGUGGUGGCGUCGCUGGGGGGCGCGCUGAAGGAGGCGGAGUCUCGGGAGGAGGAGCUGAAGGAGCGUCUGGCGGAGCGGACGCUGCAGGUGGAGGCGCUGAAGGAGCGGCUGACGGUGGAGAAGGACGCCACGCCCGACGACUCGGUGUCCCGCCUGGAGCACCAGCAGAUGCAGGAGGCCCUGGAGGCCCAGGUGUCCCAGCUCACCCUGCUGCUGCAGGACGCGCUGCGCAAGCAGGACGAGAUGGCCCUGGAGACGGCGGCGGCCUGGCAGGAGGCGCGGGACGGGAGGAGCGAGAGGGAGGCGCUGAGGGAGCAGCUGGAGGCCAGCGAGCGGGAGAGGGCCCAGCUCAACAGCAGGAGCCGAGCCGCUCAGGAGACCGUCGCUGACAUGCGCUCCAGAGCAGAGGCCCUCCUGUCCUCUGAGCAGGACAAGAAGAAGAAGAUCGAGGAGCUGAAUAAGGAGGUGAGUCGGCUGAAGGAGGCGCUGAACAGCCUCUCGCAGCUCUCCUACGCCCCCAAGAGGCAGACCUCCCAGGUGGAGACCCUGCAGCAGCAGGUCAAACAGCUGCAGUACCAGCUGACGGAAUCUAAGAAGCAGCACCAUGAGAUCGUGUCGGUCUACAGAAUGCACCUGCUCUACGCCGUCCAGGGCCAGAUGGAUGAAGACGUGCAGAAGGCUUUGAAACAGAUACUGAUGAUGUGCAAGGUGCCCACAGAAGCCAAGUGAGACUGCGGAGUUAAAGUUUACAUACUGCCUGAGGCAGACGGAGCGUGCUGUCUCUCUGCCCAAAACGUACCCGUGCACUGACCCCAUCCCGCAAGAACCGCAGGACUGAGCCCCGCUGAACAGCAGGCGUGUCGGACAGUCCUGGGGCCGUCCUUAAAUGUCCCUGACUGGGGCUGUCCCCAACAGAGACCCUCAGCCCACAGAACUGGAACGGUAGCACCGAAUCAACCCUUCUGUGUGCAGCAGCUCUGAAGCAGAGAAUCAUGGGAGAUGUAGUCCCUGCAGCUCACCGACAGACCCCUGGGUGUGCUUGACAUGUUAAUUGGGUGAUUACGUGGUUAAAAUUCACAUUUAAAAUAUUUUAAUACGUAUUUUCAAAAAAAUUUAAAAAAGAAGUUAUUUAUUUUUUGAUUGUUGAAAAAGUGCAGUUAUGCAUUUCAAAAAUUUAAAAAAAGCACAUUCAAUGUAUGAGAAGUUCCUCAGACCUCUGAAAAUGCAUGGUUUUUAUGCUUUUUCUAUUAACAUUUUCCUAUUAGCAUGUACAUUUAUAUAAAAAUCAAUAUUUUACAGAGUAUGCCUGUUUUGUAGCUACUCAUACUUUUUUGACAUUCAGACGAGGAAAGAGUGUAGUUGUGUAGAGUGUAGUUGUAUUU